UAAAUAUAGAAAAGAGUAACGAUCCCAGUCAUUUUAUCAAUCAAGAGAUAUCAAUCAACUAUAAAUGCAAUUGUUAUCAAUAAAAGUAAAUUGUCGCUACAUAUAUAUCCGAAUAGCAAAUAAAUGAGCGGCAAAACUGUUAAAUAAAAACCGGAAAUCUUACGUUCAAACAUCACGCACGCAUACCAAUCAGGAGCAUAUAUAGCUUUCUUCAUUAUACUCAGACUACCGUAGUAAUAAUAAUAAUAAUAAUAAUAAUAACAAUGAAAUUUGAAUAACAUGUGAUUACAAUGUAAUUACAAUGUUGCCGAAUUGACAUUGGUAAUGUACUUAAAAAAGAUCAAAGCAACGAUUGGGCGUCCUAUUAAACAUAUAACAUAUAUAUAUUUCUGCACUUUGCAUUUGGAAAACAAAUUCUGCAAGUGAAGAGACUUUAUAGCGUCGCGACGCACUAUAAAAUACCCUACCGCACCACCCUACAGUUAUUCAUAUAGGACUAAGGACUAUUUAACAAUAAAGCGAGAGUGGUCGAAAAAGUGGUCCGAUCUGAAGCAUCUUCAAUAAGGUUUGUCUGCGGGCCAAAGCACAUCACUGUACCAAACUUCAUCAAAAUAUCUCAAAAAUUGCGGCCUGUGAGUUGAGCACAAGAAUACGAGAUUGACGAACGGGCACACAAACUUAGAUCAUCUCGAUCGUUAAUAAAAGUUUUGAUAAAUUUUGCCGAUGAAUAAACUCCAAGUGGAAAUAUGGACUGCGUGCGUAAGAUACGGCAUUUUUUUACUGUACAGAAAAUACCAGGCGAAUUGGACGAUGGCUUAGAAACAUUAGAUGAGUAUCGCAUGCGUUGGCGUUCCGUGCGUAUUAUUUAUUUUACUAUGUUUCUUAUGUCAUUGGGUUUUAGUAUAAUAUUAACAGGGAUUUGGCCUUUUUUAAAUAAGUUAGACCCAGCGGCUAACAAAGAGUUUAUGGGUCUUAUAGUAGCCGCCAAUCCAUUGGGUCAAAUGAUUUUUAGUCCACUGUUUGGCUGGUGGAGUAAUAAAUUGGGUACAAUACGUUUGCCGUUGCUCAGCUCUUUGGCGUUAUUUACAAUAGCCAGUGCCAUGUAUUCAUCAUUGGAGUUAAAGCCGCACGAUGUUAAAUACUGGAUGUUGACAUCAAGAUUUCUAAUUGGUGUAAGUUCUGCCAAUAUAGCGGUUUGCCGCGCUUAUUUAUCGGCUGCUACACGUUUAAGUGAACGCACAAAAGCCGUAUCUAUGGUAUCAUUGGCACAAGUAUUAGGUUUUAUAGUUGGACCCGGUUUGCAAGCGUUAGUCACUUUACUCGGUAGUGAAGGUCACACAUGGCUUUGGGGCUUCUUUAUUUUCAACAUGUACACAGCCUGCGGAUGGAUUAAUGUACUGAUGAGCACUGGUAACUUUAUAAUGUUUCUGCCGACGAUAUUCCAGGAGCGCAAGGUCGCAGCUCGUGAAAUCAUGAUUAUGAAAGGAAAAAGUUCAGAAGAGGAGACGUGGAAGUCCAUCAAGCCAGAUUAUAUCUCCGCCUGGACUUUAAUAGUAGCGUUUUUCGUAUUGGUUUUCAAUUUUGUUUUACUAGAAACGUUGGGUACUUCCUUAACCAUGGAUCAAUUUGCUUGGUCGAACGAUGAGGCAAUUUAUUAUAUGGGCAUAAUUAUGUCUACGGGCGCUGUCAUCGCUUUAGUUACAUUUAUGUGUAUAAAUCCUUUGUGCAGGAUUUUUCCCGAAAAUCUUGUCUUGAUAUGGGGCGGUUUUGCGCUUAUGGUUCUGGGUCGUAUACUCUAUAUACCAUGGGGUGAUGCACCACCAAAAAUUGCCGAAGUCUACAAUGUUACUAUACCGAUAACCGGCAAUGCUACCACCGAUUUAAAGCCUGAUAAUGAGAUAUUUUUAGGUUGUCCCAAAACGCAGCAAUGGUGCUCCCUUACGCCAGCAUUAACGUUAACGCAGUUUAUAUUGGGGUACGUGUUAACUUCAGUUGGCUAUCCCAUCGGCGUUACUUUGAUACAAACAAUAUUCUCCAAAAUUCUGGGUCCUCGUCCUCAAGGUGUAUGGAUGGGCCUUAUGACUGGUUCAGGGUGUCUAUCGCGUGUUAUGGGUCCAGUUUUUGUUGGCUCAAUUUACACACGUUUGGGCACUAAUUGGACUUUUGGCUUUACCUCAGUAAUGAUGUUCUUUUCAAUGAUUUGGUUAUUACUAUCCAGGAAACGUUUAAUAUCUCCUCGCCUUGAUAUUCCUGAUCCUGUUGAAUUGCAAACAUUUGAGAAAAAUGUCGGUAUUAACUCUCAAUUCACUUUACCGGAUUCAGAUAUGAAAGAUUUGAAAGAUGAUAAAAUUGCUUCGGAGAAUGAUCUGAAUUCGGAAGGAACUGAACUAUUAAGUAGCCAAAAACCACUUAAUAUAUUAACGGCGGCAACAAAAGCUUAAGAUAUAUUUACAUACUUUUACUAUAUUUUUUAUAUUUGAUUAAAGGAUCAGAACUGCCUUUACCU